AUGAAUCAGACUGUCAGUCACUCAGGAGUGGCUGUAGCGUGUGAAGCAUGGCGCUACGCUGUGUGUUUUUGAGUCCCGGUUUUUCACAUCUUUGACCCGUUUACAAAAUGUAUUCACGUUAAGAAUAUCGUUCGGUAUAAUUUAAUCAAUCACAAACAUUUCUUUAUAUUUACUUUUAUACGAAAAGGAUAAACUUCAUUACUGAAACAACCUUGUGCUUAUGAAAAUGCUUCCUCUUUCACACAAAGAUUCAAGAAACCUUGGCAGUAGAAUAAAGGAGAAAUUAUUAGGAUGGAAACGUUUGAUAUUUUCUGACAAAAAUACUAGAAAUUUAUUUUUAUUUCUUUUAUUGAAUUUAUCCUUUGCCUGCAUUGAAUUAAUGUAUGGAAUAUGGACAAACAGCUUGGGUUUAAUAUCAGAUAGUUUCCAUAUGUUCUUUGAUUGUACUGGCUUAUUAUUUGGUUUGGCUGCAUCAGUAAUUACAAAGUGGAGAGCAAAUGAACGAUAUUCUUAUGGCUAUGUCAGAGCAGAAGUUUUAGGAGGAUUUGUCAAUGCUCUGCUUUUAUUCUUUAUCGCUCUUUUCAUUAUGUCUGAAGCUGUGGAAAGAGCCAUUGAACCUCCAGAGAUUAAACACGAAAGACUUUUGGUUGUGUCCAUUAUGGGAUUAAUAGUCAAUUUAGUAGGAAUGUAUGUAUUUCGUCAUGGACAUGGACAUAGUCAUGGAAUGGGACAUGGUCAUUCCCAUUCCCAUUCCCAUGGAAGUCAUACACAAUCUCAUUUAAAUCACAGUCAUAGUCAUGAUCAUCAUGAUAUAGAAAUUGAUCCUUCCUUCAGUGGUACAAAUUCUCAGAUUAUGAAAGGAGUUUUCUUACAUAUCUUAGCAGAUACUCUUGGAUCUGUAGGUGUAAUUAUAUCAGCAGUACUGAUGCGUCUAUUUGGUUGGUUUAUAGCUGAUCCAAUUUGUUCUAUGCUGAUAUCAGUAUUGAUAGUUUUAAGUGUGCUUUCUUUAAUGAAAGAUUCAUGGGAAAUUUUAAUGCAAAGACAACCAGCUGCAUUGGAUCAUAUUUUACCACAGUGUUAUAACAAAGUGACACAAUUAGCUGGAGUAUAUAGUGUGCAAGAACCACAUUUCUGGACACUUUGUUCAGAUGUGUAUGUUGGGUGCUUGAAAUUGGAAGUUGCCAGAACAGUAGAGCCUAAAUAUGUUGUAGCACACACUCAGAUGAUUUUUCAAGCUGCUGGAGUAAGGCAUUUAACUGUUCAAUUAGAUUAUGCACCUAUGUGAUCUAUGAAAACUAUGCAUGUCAUUAAGUGUUCAUACAAGUGCUCCAAAACUGUAUUUAUUUGUGGAGUUUGUCAGAAACAAGCAAGAAAUAUUGCACUUGUGCAAAAUAUUUUUGCCAUUUUAAAAUUGUGCAGAUAUUUUGUUCUAAGUAAUAGUGAAUAUCACCUUGGGUUGCAGAUUAUUUAAAAAUCUGUUUAAAUCUUUUAAAAAAAGUGAAAAGACUUACCAGAACUUAUAUGACAUAGGAUCCUAUUAAGAGAAUAGGUCUUAUGAUCAAGCUAAUGCAUUUUUGACUUGUCCAUCACCAAUAAAAAUCAUUGAUUUCAUUUCUUUCUAAUCUUAUUGUUGUAAAUAUAGAUAUUUGUUCAUCUAUAGUUAAUGAUAUAUUUAUAUAUAUAUAUAUCAUUAUUUCAUGAAAUUAUAGUUUAUUUUUAUUUACAACAACUUUGGUCCUGUACUAUGUAUUGUACAAAAUCUUAAAUAAUGUUUUAUAUUAUCUACAGAAAUCUUUAUAUUAUAAUGCAUUUUAAAAUAUUGAAGAUACAUCAAAUUAUUACAUUUUUUACCUUUAUAAUUGAAGCCACAAUUAUAAAAAUGUUUUUACCUUACCUUUAUUAUUGCAUUAUUUUUUGUAUAAAAUAUCUAUUUACAAAAAAAAUUCAAACUUCAUGGUCAAAUUUGUGCAAAACAAAAGAAAAUCAUCAAAUUAUAUUAUAAGCAGUUGUAGACUGCUAGUCAUUAUUAUACAGAAAAUGUGAAAUAUACGUUAUAUAUAAAUAUAACUUUAUAAAGUGUAAUAUAUAAAACAAUAUUCUUAUGUUGAAAUUGUGCUUUCCUUAAUAAAUUGUACUUUUGACGUACUGUCCACAUUAAGUGGAUUUAUCUAAUCGAUAUUAAAUAAAUAAUUAAUACGUACAAGAUCGUUUUAUGGCAAUAUACAUAUAUUUAUAUUAACGAAUUAUCAUUAUUAUUGAUGAAUAUUCUUUAAACAAAUUGAAUGAUGUCAAAAUAUGCUAUAAGAAGUUUUUUAAAAUUUUAAUAGCAAUGGAAUUUUCUUAUCACUUCAUUUAAAGUAGGAAGCGAUUGAAAUGAAAUAAAAUGUUUUAUAGAGAAAGCAUGGUCUAACAUAUGCACUUAGUGCAAAAUGUCAGCCAAAAUUUUUCAUCGUUUUUUAUUAAUGCUGUAAUACAUUGUUCAAGACAAAUUACGAAGUUAGAAUUAACGCCAGAUUUGUAAACAUAAAUUUUAAGCACGACCAGGACAUUCCAUUAUAGUCAAGGUAUAUUACUUGUAUAUUUGAGAUUGUGAUGAUAUAGGCCAAAAUGUAGAUAUCGAUAGAAUGAAAUGAAACAAUUAGAAUAUUUAGUGAUAAUGUAGAGUAAUUUUUCUAUCGAAUUGCUGUACCAUCGUACACUGAAAUGAUCGAAUUAUUUGCAGUUCUAUCCGAUGCAAUUACUUCUACGAAGAGCGAUGUAAUUUCCGAGAUGAAAGUCAACAUUGUUAUGUUUUAUUAACAUGAUUGUAUAAAUAAAAAAUUCAGAAGAGUAAUCUUCUAAAAUGUAAAUAAUAAAGAAAAGUGCUUAUAAUAA